CCUGGAUGGGACUGUCAAUGGCACCAGUAAAUCCCGACCCGAUAUAGUGGGGGUGAGCAACUGAGAGCAAACAUAGGCAGUGUCUCCAUGCCGUCGCAAAAGCCAUAAACCCCAGAUAAAGCACAGAUGCCUAUGAUGUGUAUAUACAUAUCGAGUGCCGGUUUAAAAAAAGUCAUUCACAUCCAUCAUACCCUUAUCUCAACACUGAUAUCAGCUUCUCACGCUCACAAAAAUGGCUAACAGACAAGCUAUUAACCGACCGGGCUUCUCGUCCCUAAUCCUCUCAGAAGCUCUUAUCCAUGACGGUCUGGUAUACACAAGCGGCAAAAUUGGCGUUGAUGCCAAGACCGGUGUUCUUGUAUCCGAUGAUGUUGCUGAACAAACAAGAGCGGUGCUUGGACUGCUAGAGUCUGUUCUCCAUGAAGCAGGAAGUGGACUUGACAGAAUUCUCAAGUGCAACAUCUACCUGACAAACAUUAAUGACUUUGCGGCUAUGAACGCCGUUUACAUUGCGACGAUCCCUAAUCCCAAGCCUGCUAGGGUCUGUGUGACAGUUUCAGAACUGGGAAAAGGUGCUAAGGUCGAGAUUGAUUGUAUAGCCGUUGUCGAAAAAGCUUUGUAAGCCAGACUUGUCAAGCUUCGAGAAGAGUCUUGCCUCUAACGCUACAGUUUCUUUUAUAUAGCAAAGCCUCUCUGUAGAUACCUGGAUAAGAUGUAGAAUAAAUGGGAAGAAAGGCAGAAAUGUUUUCGUUGUUCAAGACAAUACAGAUGAGAACGGUCUGACUUGGGUGCUUAUCAGUGAAGAGAGAUGGUGAGAUUGACGUCAGUUUAUGUAUCCACAU